AUGCGAACAGCUAAGAAUACAUCCAUCGAUAAUGCUGUUUGGCUGUGGUUUAAGGAAAAACGUGCUGCAGGGGUAGCAUUAACAGGACCAAUUUUACAAGAAAAAGCAAGAAUGUACAAUGAACAAUUAGGUGCUAGUGACAAUUUUUGUGCAAGCAAUGGAUGGCUACGAUCUUUCAAAGAAAGACAUGGGUUAAAAUGUAAAAAAAUUUGUGGAGAACAAUUAUCAGCCAAUCAAGAGGCUGUGCCUAGAUUCAAAGAAGAGCUUUUAGAUUUCAUUCGAAGUGAGAAUUUAAGUCAUCACCAAAUUUUCAAUUUUGAUGAAACAGGACUAAACUAUAGAGCUUUACCAAAAUCAACUCUCUGUGAAAAAUCAGAACUUCAUCCAUCUGGUGUUAAAGGUCGUACAGAAAGGAUUACUGUGAUGGCGUGUAGUAAUGUUUCUGGCACGUGUAAACUUCCACUUGUUGUAAUUGGUAAAUGGGCUAGACCUCGUCAUUUACGGAAUAUUGAAAUACCUGUUUCGUAUAAAAGUCAGAAAAGUGCGUGGAUGACAAGUGACCUAUUUGUUUCUUGGUAUGAAAUGGAAUUUGUACCAUACGUAAAAGCUUUCUUACAAGCAUCGAAUUUACCUCCUAAAGCUCUGCUAUUGAUGGAUAAUUGCUCUUCACACAAUAAAGUUACUAAUAAAGAUGGAAUUCUUGUUAAAUUCUUUCCUCCAAAUACAACAUCGCUAAUCCAACCCAUGGACCAAGGUUGUCUUCAGAAUCUAAAACUAUUAUAUAAAGAAAAUCUUAUGAGACAUAUUAUUCAAUGUAUUGAUAAUAAACUGUCAUUAAGUGAUGCUAUUAAACAAGUUAAUCUCAGAAAUGCUAUUUUUUGGGUAGCAGAUGCAUGGAAAAGAAUGAACUUAUCCACAAUCCAAAAAUCAUGGAACCAAGUAUGGCCAUUAGAAGAUCGUCCGCAAAUCUGUAAUACUUCAUCCCAACCAAGAAUGGAACUUUUGCUAGUUCAAUUUCUGAGACUGCUCCAAAACACAUUAGUGUUUAAGCAAAUAAAUAUGUCUCAAUUAAAAGCAUGGCUAAACCACCCUUAUUUGAUGACUACUGAUGAGUGCCUUACUGAUUCCGAAAUUUUACAAGUAACAAGAGAAGAAAAUCAUUUAGAAGAAGAUAAUAAUGAUACAAAUAUUGCUGAAAGUGGAGAAGAAUACUUAAGUAAUUGGAAGAAAUUUACGAAUGAUUUCAGGAAAAACGAAGAAAAUCGCUAUAUUAUAGAUCAAGAAAGAAAUAAUAAUGAAGACAUUAAUAAUAAUUUUCAUUCAACACUGUCUAAAAAAGAAGCUGACCUUUGCUUUAAUCAUUUAUUUAGUUUUUGCAAAGAUAAUAACUACCCUGAAAAAGUUAUUACAGCUCUAAAUGAUGUUAAGAAAGAAAUAGAUAAAUGUCAUUCACCUAUUCAUGGUCGUAAAUCAUCAAACUAG